AUGCGCUGCAACCUCGUCGUCGCUGCCGCAUUCGCGGAGCUGCUCUUUGCCACGUCGGCCGGGGCAACCGUCUACUCGGCCUACAAACACUCUCGAUGGGCGUCUCGCUCCCCGACACACUUCGACAACAGGCACGUCAAACGCGGCAAUGGCAAGCAGGCCGUCUACGCCGGCACCUUUGAUCAGUUUAUCGAUCACAAGAAUCAUUCGCGGGGUACGUUUCAGCAGCGGUACUGGUGGAACGCCGAUCACUACGGCGGUGACGGCUCGCCCAUCGUCCUCGUGGCACCCAGCAUAAUCGACGGCGAAGCCUACGCAUCCGUGACGACCAACAUCAGCUUGCCCGGCCAGAUCGCCCAGGAGAUCCACGGCGCCGUCGUCUUCCUCGAGCACCGCUUCGUCGGCAACAGCUCGGCCUUUGACGACUAUACGACGGAAAAUCUACAAUACCUCAACCUCGACAACAUACUGGCGGACCUUGUCCACUUUGCCAAGACGGUCACGCUGGACUUUGACCGGAAUCGUACCUCGACGCCGAGCAAGGCCCCUUGGGUGCUCUCCGGCUGCGGCAGCGCCGGUGCCGUCGUGGCCUGGAUCAAUGCCUUGGCGCCGGGUACGUUCUGGGCGUACCAUAGCUCGAGCGCUCCGGUCCAGUCCAUCUCCAACUUCACGAAGUACUUUGACGUUGUCGAGGAGGCCAUGCCGCGCAACUGCAGCGCAGACUUGAAGACCGUCAUGGCCCAUGUCGACGGCAUCCUCGAAACCGGGUCGCUCGACGAGCGCCUGACCCUGAAGGACCAGUUCGGCUUCGGCAACCUCACCCACAACGGCGACUUUGCCGCCGCCAUCGCCAGCGGGAUCUACAGCUGGGAGAUGCAUUACCUUUCCGAUGGCUAUCCGAAAUUGCACCAGAUGUGCGACUACAUCGAGAACAAGUGGCCCAACAGCACGGCCGCCACGCCCGACGCGAACGGUGUCGGCCUCGUUAAAGCCCUCGCAGGCUUCAUCAAGUGGAUCCGCGAGGAAGAAAUCCCGGGGGCUUGCGAUGCCGACGACGACGAAGAGCAAGUAGCUGGAAACAGCACCUGGUGCUACGACUUGCGUGACACGACCCUUGAGCACUAUACCGACACGUCUGCGGUGAACAACAUCCGCCUGCAGUGGUGGAUGCGGUGCAACGAGGCAUUCGAAUUCUGGAUGGCCGGGCCCGGCCCCAACGGCGGACCCUCCAUCGUCUCCAAAUUCCUCACCGUCGACGCAUCGCGAAGCCAAUGCGGCCUGCUCUUUCCCGAGGUCAACGGCCACACCUACGGCCUCGCCAACGGCCGGUCUGCCAGCACGGUGAAUGAGAGGACAGGCGGCUCGAAGCUGAAGACGACGCCGCGCAUUCUGUUCGUCAACGGCCAGCUCGACCCGUGGCGGUCUGCCAUGGUCUCCGCCGGCGACUCGGAGAUGCAGGCGCCCGUCUGGCUGAUCGCCAACGCGACACAGGGCCACGACGUAUACGCCGAGGAAACUAGCGAGAUCCCGCACAUCGCUCAGGCUGUUCGAGAAAUCGUGGCCCAGAUGAAGCGAUGGGUGAACGAGUUCAAGGCCGCGCCGUCAUCGUAG